AUGGGAAAUUCUGGAACAUGUUUAACCGAUUACCUGAGCGUCUGUGCUCCUGAGAAAGUUCUUUUAGUCAUAAGCUUUUGUACUGUCCUUUUGGGUUUCGUUCUUAUUGUUUCAGGUGUUUGUAUCACUCAGCUUAGUGAUGGACGGCAUGCUCAUUUGUCCAUAUCAUAUUCAGCUGUCCCUAUUGUGUUUGCUGGUUGUGUUACACUAUUAAUAACCAUUGUUAGGAUCGUUUCUACAAGUCAAAGUUUAAGGGAAAUGAAUUUGACUCCCUGUGAGUUUGGAAAACAAUGGAAUAAAAAGGAGUCUGUUUCCGAGCCUAUUUCUUACAAUCUUCAAGAAAACGCAUAUAAUGUAUUUUCUUUUGCAAAUAAAUCGUCUGGCAAUUUUAGCUCCAACUCAUUUUCGGAUAAGAAGGUUGAUCAUAUUCCCAUGCCUGUAACAAACUAUCAUCAAAGAUUACCAAUGCCUCCAAGGCGAGCUGUUUUGUAUUAG